AUGGUGCAUCAUCCACAUAACCACGGUGAGCCACGUCAGUCUUACUCCUCGACAUAUCGUUCGGAGUAUGGGGAUCGUGAUGUGUCUCCUCCGGUUUCUCCUAUUCGUGAACACUAUCCCUCGUCUAGGGAGAGUCGUGAUGUUUCCCCUAUCGAAGAGCCCAAGGGCAACUGGAUUGCCGAUAUGCAUAAUAAGGAUAAUCGCCCGGCUCCCAGGGCAACAUAUGCAUCUAAUUCCAAUGGAGAUAUGAAACCUCUUACCUCAGGAAGACAACCUCUAACGAAAUUGGAUGGCUACUCAAGGGACAUGUCAGGAGGCGAUAAGGGUAAAUACCACCAAGAUAUUCAGGGAAUCGUGAAACCUGAAGGAUAUUCUAGGGCUGGCGGUCGUUCGAAACCUCGAUUUGAUAUAGGGCCAGAAACCGGGCGCGUGAAUGUUCCCAAAACCCGGUGUCGAACGGAUUGUGAUACAUCUGCUAAUAGUAACCCUCCUCCGCCACCGCUAAAGGACAGAAGUUAUAGAGGUCCCUCCAGCACAAGACUUAUUGACGACAAGCCUGUAACAACAAACCCCAGACCCAAGGACAACAAAGCACUUCCAAUGGCACCUAAGCCAAGACCAGCCGUUCCUCAAAAGGACAAAGUACUUGUGAGACCCGCUCCUGCUCCCUUGAGUAUCCCUAAUUCAACGUACUCAAGUCUCUUUGAGGAUUCGUUACAAACUGCCUCCGCGUCAACUUGGGAGACUGGCAAGUUUGUUGGUACUGCUGAUCAGCCUGAGCAAGACUCCAGUAAAGGGAAAGAUGAACUCGGUGACUUUUUGACAGAAAGGUUCCAAGGAAUAGCACUGUCACAAGAACCGCGCAGCCGUUUCAGUGCCACAACUUAUGCCACGACUGAACCUGGAAGCCCUCCACCAAUCUCAGAGAGUUUUGAUCAACCACUGCCGGGUAUUGGGUCUAGAAUGCACCAGAUCUCUGCCAAAAAUACCACACGCAAACCUACCCCUUCACAAAUGACUACUGUCUCUGAGACAGGGACAGGACCGCAAACCCAGCCUGAAACAAACAUUACUACUCGAAUCGACGAUAUCAAAUCAAAGCUGGCAGAUCUUGCUCGUCGAAAGACUAAUAUCGACACUAUGAUCCAUGAGUUGACGCAAGUAAUUCAGCCUAGCUCGAUAGCAUACGAUAUGGCCACCAGAAGCGAAGUGAAUAAAACUGUGACAAGCCUAAACAACGAGCUAGCAGAUAUCAAAAAGGAAGAACAUGAGCUGGGCCUGAAACUGCUUCGUGCAUACAAGAAGAGAGACAAAGGUGACAUUUAUGCCAACGAACCAACGUUAUGGGUCAAACGGGUUACGAGUUAG